AUGGUGUCGUGCCGCUGGCAAUCCACCGGUGACGGGUACGGGUACAUGACAGACGACUCCUCCGGGCUCCAGUCGGAACUUUCGCACGCGCUGGAGGGAGAGGGCAACCUGUCCAUGGAUGCGAUGCUCUCUCAGUCUCUCGUAAAGGCGGACCUGCAGACGCCGAGUGCGCGCAUUCAGCUGAGGAAGAUCGAGCGGCCUCCGGGCCGAUUCGAUCUUCUAACCAAUUCGCUGGUGUACAGCUGGCAGACAACAGCAGCGCAGGCGCGCAAGGUCACCGGGCCGAUGCGGGAGUGGGCCUCGGAGCUCAAGUACCGCACCGGCGUCCACCUAGAGGUCGAGCCCACCAACCCGACGCGGCUCGGCGUGCCGGAGGAGGAGGGCGGCUACGCGGCAGCGGACGAUGUGGAGCUGACGGUGUACCUCUUCGGCAGCGAGCGUGGCAUCUUCAACUGCCGGCAGCUCAUGGAGACGGCGCUCGAUCAGAACCCUGGCUAUGUGCGGUUGGCCGUGUUCCGGCGGAAGCCGGGUAAUGGUGUCAGCGCCGUCACUGCCGCGGCGCCGAGUCCACAGGACGACGUGGAGUGGUUGCUGCUGCGCCGCAUCAAUCGAGACCUGCGCCCGCCAGAUAUCCCGCCCAUCUCACUAAAGACACCUGGAAAGUGGACACUGUUGUACGAGCAUUACAAGGAGGCGGCGAUUCGCACGUUGUGGGAAGAGACGGGCAUCACGGUUGAGGCCGGGAACGUGUACCCUACUGCGGUGCUGUGCCAGGACAACCCGAUCUACUACUGGCGUGUGCCGGUACACUACUUUCUGGCUGAGGUGCCCUACGACGUGCAGGUGCUUGGCCCACAAGUGGGUCUGAACACGUACAUGCACCACUGGGACUCGUCGCUGCUGCGCCAGUCACCAGACCCCAUCGAUCGCGCGUGGGCUCAGCUGGCAGACCCGGAGACCGGCUGCGCGUGGAUGAAACAGCCGAUGAUCGAUGAGCUGCAGCGUCCACUGCGAGGGGAGAACUACAUGGCAACCCGCUACACCCCGCCGCCGUACUCACAGCUGAACCAUGUGCUGGGGUUUUCGGUGCCAGAAGAGGCGGCGGGUGAGGCAAGUGCGGCGGACUCGGCUCCGUCUGCUGCCACAACCGCUGAAGGAGAGAAGGCGCAAGGCGAUGUGACAGGCGAUAAUGCUGCCGCUCCCUCUGCUGAUGCCGAUGCAUCCUCGUCGAAUGACAAGCCAAGCUCUUAG